AUAGAUCGGCGAGAGAGACUGUCUCGAGACUGUACGGGAGUGUCUUCUUCACUUUCUUCUGACAAUGUCCUACAACGACCUAGUUGCCUCUUCUCUGCGGCCAAGAUGAAGCGCAUUCCGGGAGCAGGUAUCUGGAGACGACUGACAGUCCAUCGUGCGUCUCCCACAAGACAUGCCUCAUCGGCAGCCGCGCCCCAUCUCCUGGCCCUCCCCAAUGUGUCCAAAUAUGCACCAGCAUUUGGCCUGGCCGGGCUCUUUGGAGCAGGUCUCGGAGUAUACGGCCUGUUCUCCCAGCGCGAACCCGUCGCAACUCAAACUUCUGCACCAGUCACCGCAAUGAUCCGACAACGACACGACACCUCCCCAACUAACGUCGCUCAAGCAUGCGAGGAGUUUGCCCGCAUCGUCGGCAAAUCGAACGUCUCCACCGACCGCGCAGACCUCAUCAGCCACUCAGGCUCCGACUACCAAUCGUACGCGUGGACUGAAGAAACCGCCAAACCAGGCCAUGCCAUCGUCUACCCCAGCUCGACCGAAGACGUCGCGCAGAUUGUUCGAAUCUGUCACACCCGGCACAUUCCAAUCACCCCGUACUCCGGUGGUACGUCGAUCGAAGGGCAAUACAUCCCCAGCUUCGGGGGCGUGUGCAUCGACUUCUCCCGCAUGAGUGACAUCGUCUCCAUCAACGCCACCGAUAUGGACUGCGUGGUACAACCGGGCAUGCCGUGGAUGGAGCUGAACGAGGAGCUCGCGCGGUACAAUCUCUUCUUUCCCCCUGAUCCCGGCCCGGGCGCACAGAUUGGCGGCAUGGUGGGAACGGGAUGCUCCGGCACCAAUGCCGCCGCCUACGGUACGAUGAAAGACUGGGUGCUCUCGCUGACUGUGGUCCUCGCGGACGGCACUAUUGUGAAAACCAGGCAGCGGCCACGCAAGAGUUCGGCCGGCUACGAUCUCACGCGCACCUUCAUCGGCAGCGAGGGAACUCUCGGACUAGUGACGGAAGCCACGCUCAAACUCGCCGUGAAGCCGCAACACGAAGUCGUGGCGGUGUGUACAUUCCCCGACCUCCGCACAGCCGCUGCGACGGUGCAGGAGGUGGUGUCCAAGGGCAUCCAAGUAGCCGCCGUGGAGGUGCUAGACGAAGUGCAAAUGGCAAGCAUCAAUCGGGCGGGCAUGACGAAGCGAGCAUGGAGAGAAGAGCCCUCGCUGUUCUUCAAGUUCACCGGCAGCACCGACGCAGCGGUAGGCAGCGUGGCAGACACCGUAGGCGAGAUCUCCAAACGCCACGGCUCGACAUCCUACGUCUUCGCCUCGGGCGACGAGGAGCGCGACGAGCUGUGGUCCGCGCGGAAGAAUGCGCUGUGGAGCAUGCUAGCGAUGAAAGAGGCGCCGACGGACAAAGUGUGGGUGACGGACGUUGCGGUGCCCAUCAGUCGGCUCCCGGAGAUCAUCGAGAAGACGAAGGCGGAUUUGAAGCGCUCGGGUCUCCUGGGUUCGAUCCUAGGGCAUGUGGGGGAUGGGAACUUCCAUUCGCUGAUUCUGUUUCCGGAGGAGAAGCGUGCGGUUGCGGAAGGGGUGGUGAAGAGGAUGGUGGAGCUGGCGAUUGCGCUUGAAGGCACGGCAACGGGUGAGCAUGGCGUGGGUUUGGUGAAGAGAGACUACCUGGAGAAGGAGCUGGGCCCGGGUGCAGUCGAGACGAUGAGAAGGAUCAAGCUGGCGUUGGAUCCGUCAUGUAUUCUUAACUGUGACAAGGUUGUUCGUGUUACUGGGCCUAAGGCUUGAGCACAACCCAACCUCGGCGGUCGGCCCAUCUCGCGAUCGCGUCUAGACAAGAUCGUGGCGGCUGAUAUUCUAGCGGAGCCGGACUG